CUUUACUACAAUAUGUCGUGAACGUACCAAUCAUAUGUUAUUGUCUGUGAAGAAGACCGUCGGUUUGGAGUAAUACUAAGUGCUUGAAAGCAAAGAGUCCUGAUUUUUUAAACCAAGAGGUGGAGCUCCCUCUCUGGAGCCAGUACUGACCCCACUCUUGGCAGCCAUGGCCCCAGCCUCCAGACCAUGCAAAACCUUUGCCUCCUAAGCCUCGUGCCACCUGCCUCCACGCCCCCGCACUCCUGCACCGUACUGUACGCCCGCAGGCCAGGCAGCACAGGUAUGAUGACCACCUCCCACAUGAACGGCCACCUGACUGAGUCUGAGGAUCGUGCAACAGGAGGGGGCAGUGCUGCCGAGGCCCCACGUGAGAUGGCCGUGGACUGCCCGGGCGAGCUGGGUACUCGCAUGCAGCCUGUGCGGCGAAGUGCCCAGCUGGAACGCAUCCGGCAGCAGCAGGAGGACCGCCGGCGCAGGGAGGAGGAGGGCCGCAGCCGCCAAGAGCUGGACGUUAACUCCUCCAUGCGCCUUAAGAAACUUGCACAGAACCCCAAGGUGGGCAUUGACAACCCCACCUUCGAGUCGAUGGAGGGCGUCGGGGGGACCCUUGGGCAGCUGCAGGGCUUCAGCACGGCCCCCAAACUGCUGGAGUUAGAGGAGCUGCUCAUGUCUCUGAAGCAGGUGCAGCACUGUCUGGGGGACCCUCAGAGUCAGGAGGAUGUGGAGCUGGUGCUGCAGCUUGUACAGAAGCCUGACUUCCAGAAGGCCUUUAACAUCCACAAUGCAGUAGCUCUGCACAUGAACCGGCCCUGCCCACCCUUUCCUCUCACAGACCACGCCCAGAGCCUAGCACAUGAGGUUCAGGCCAUGCUUCACAAUACCUCCCAGAAGGAGGGACUUGAGCUGAGUGCCCUGCUGAAAAGCCCUCACAUGCAGGCCUUCAUGCUGGCCCAUGACAGUGUGGCAGAGCAGGAGAUGCAGCCCGAGCCCCUGGGGCCUCUGGACAACCCAAGCGAAACCCUUGCGCAGUGGGGAGGCGAGACGGUUAAGAUUGUACGCAUAGAGAAAGCCAAGGACAUCCCACUGGGAGCCACUGUGAGGAAUGACAUGGACAGUGUGAUCAUCAGUCGCAUUGUGAAAGGUGGAGCGGCGGAGCGCAGUGGGCUGCUCCACGAAGGCGAUGAGAUUCUGGAGAUCAAUGGGGUCGAGAUCCGUGGCAAAGAUGUAAAUGAAGUGUUCGAUAUCCUGGCGGAGAUGCAUGGCACGUUGACUUUCAUUCUGAUCCCCAGCCCACACACCAAACCUCCUCCCAUUAAAGAGACUGUGGUGCAUGUGAAGGCCCAUUUUGACUAUGACCCUUCUGAUGACCUGUACGUGCCGUGCCGUGAGCUGGGACUGUGCUUCCAGAAGGGGGACAUCCUCCACAUCAUCAGCCAGGAAGACCCCAACUGGUGGCAGGCUUACAGAGAUGGGGAUGAGGAGAACCAGCCAUUGGCUGGCCUUGUACCAGGCAAAAGCUUCCAGCAGCAAAGAGAGGCCAUGAAACAAACAAUAGAGGAGGAUAAGGAGCCUGAGAAAUCAGGAAAGCUGUGGUGUGCGAAAAAGAACAAGAAGAAGCGGAAGAAGCUCCUGUACAAUGCGAACAAAACCGAUGAUUAUGACAAUGAGGAGAUUCUCACCUAUGAGGAGAUGGCACUAUACCAUCAACCAGCCAAUCGGAAGCGCCCCAUUGCUCUGAUUGGCCCUCCAAACUGUGGUCAAAAUGAGCUGAGACAACGACUCCUGUCUAGUGACCCUGGCCGGUUUGGAGGUGCUGUUCCUCACACCACACGGAACCGAAGGGAUGGUGAGGUGAAUGGCCGUGAUUACCACUUCGUGUCCCGUCAGGCCUUCGAGACGGAUGCUACAGCAGGGAAAUUCAUUGAGUCUGGAGAGUUUGAGAAGAACCUCUAUGGUACCAGCACAGACUCGGUGCGACAGCUUAUCAAUAGUGGAAAGAUCUGCCUCCUGUGUUUGCACACCCAGUCUCUGAAGGUAUUGCGGAGCUCAGACCUGAAGCCCUACAUUAUAUUCAUAGCCCCACCCUCCCAGGAACGACUGCGUGCCCUCUUAGCUAAAGAUAACAAGAACCCAAAGCCUGAGGAACUGAGGGACAUCAUCGAAAAAGCCAGGGAGAUGGAGCAGAACUUUGGUCACUUGUUUGAUGCGGCCAUUGUGAACACUGAUCCAGACAAGGCCUACCAGGAGCUGCUGCGCUUGAUCAAUAAACUGGACACUGAGCCUCAGUGGGUUCCUUCAUCCUGGCUGCGCUGAGAUGAUGCCACACAAACACACAUGCGUGGAGACAGAUUAAAAUGAAUCUGCUAUAUGUGGACAUUUUAUUGUUUGGUUUAGUGGACUGUGUGGCUGGAUGAGUCAUUGUUGGCCAUAUCGGAUGACUACUUUUUUACGCUUAACCACAGCCUGAAUACUUAGAUAAUAGUAUAUGCUGGAAAGAACUAUGUUUCUACUCUGUUGACUCUAGACUGGGGAAAUUCCACAUUUUUUCCCUUGAUGAUUGAAAUGUUUUUCAUUGUUGUUGUUAGGGUUGGUUGUUUUUGUUUGGUUUUUUUGGGGUUUUGUUUUUUUUUGGUUGGGUUUUUCCUUUCUUGCGCUAUCUAAAUUAACAACUCACAUUCCGGAGCUGUGUAAGAAAUUUAAUCAGCACUUGCUAGCAGCAAUAGAGUUCCAGUGCUCCUAUUCUGCUUUUGAUGACUAUUUAUAAUUGUAAAUAUACCUGAGGUAUUUUUUUUUAAAUGUUGACAAGAGAUGUGGUUCUGUGAUUGUUACCUUUUCAAAACUCUGAAAAGGGGAGAGCAUCGCUAUGUUCUUGCAGCCCAAGAUGUGAGUCUUUGCAAGUCAUUAGUCAGGUGGAGAAAUUACCCCCAAAUUGAUAUUACAGUCCAACAAAAUAUUUUAGCUGUUUGAAUUUAAUGUUUAUAACAGAAUUUGAUCAGUUUUCACUUAGUGAGAGCCCUUGUGCUUAAUUCUAAAUUGGAAACAGAGAUUUACUAAGCAGACGUCUGUUUCCCUAUCACUGAUGAACUGAAGAUCCCCUGAACAGACUGUUGAAUGACCGAACAGCAGUGUCCCCCUGUCAUUGUGCUGAUUUCCUGUCUCAAUUCUGUUCAAGUACUCUUGUCCUACAAUAGUUUACCAGUCAGCUGCUUGUGGGAGUUUUAUAUUGCACUACAAAACUACAAAGAAUGCUAGCAGGCAAACAUGUAAUGGAUAUGUGAUUCAUCUGGAAACAUUUGAAUUCCCUAUAAAUGGGUGGCCACUGGCCUGUAGCACAUUACCAGUCUGCAGCGCAGUGGUUGUAAAACUUUUUUCUGGGUAAGUUUUGGGACGUCUUUGAUAAAGGACAGUCAUGGGUGAAUCCCUUUCUCUAGACAUAAAAUGCUAAUGCAUGGAAAAAAAGGCAAGUUUUGUCAUGGAUCGCUGAGCUCUCAUGUGACACAUUGCUGUGAUUUGGUGGCCACAGGCUCCUCACAUCUGAAGAACAUGACUUCAGGAGCUUCUGUGCCACUCAGAAGGAUGAAUAUGGAAGAGGCUGUAACAACUGUCUCUGUCAUCCCAUGUGACAUAGCUUUGUGUUCCUAUGGCAGCAACCACUGUGAUUGACACACUACAGUUGGAGUGAUUAGUAAAUAUUAGGUUAAGUCUGUUUUAUUGCUCUUUAUCCCUGUUUGUUUGUCUGUGGGUGUGUGUGUUUGUGUGCUGUCUGUCUCAGUAUUCACAUGCACUUCCAGGACUCAGAAGUGACCAGUAUUGUAAUCAGUAUUUUAUAGCAAUACAGUGAGGUUCACCUACUGAGUUUAUAACCAGCCUAGAUUUACAACUUGCUACACUUUCAGAGGAUGUCCCUUCAUUUCUUUGAAUAACUGCAAAAUGAAUUUAUGAAUCUUUUGCUGGAUAUGAUUCUGGAAGUCAUUAUAUUAAAGUUUUUUUUUUUGUUUUUACAUGUGACGAGUUGGGGCUCAAAAUUGUGUAGUUCCUCAUAAUAUUUAAUUGAUCAAACUGAAGUUCCUUCAUGAUACUCAAGUGCUGUUUUUAAAAAAAGGCACAAAUGUGUAUGUGCAACCUAUGGUUCUUCCUGUGUGAAGAGCAUAGAUGAUAAACGUCUAGGAGCAUCAGAAUAUUGUAUUCAUUUGUUUAAGAAUUGUGUGCGCCUGUUUGAAGGAAAGACUCACUAAAAUGCCGAAUGCAGGCAAGUUCUCCUGUUAGUAAGCACACACUGGAAACAGCUUUAGUGACAUUUUUAAAAAUAAUAAUCAUUCUCUAUUUUAAAAAGAACCUAUAUAUUUUUAUGUAUAAAACUCAUCCACACAAAGUACCCCCUUAGGCUAGCUUUCCUGCACAAUAUUGGUUCAUGUUUUAUACGGAGUCGGGUCAGACCCAUUAAACUGCUGAGCUAUAGGCCACAUGCAAUCUAGUUUCAUGCCAUUUAACUGGAAGUAGAACUAAUGAAUGUAAAGUAACAACUGCCUUUCUGUUUGAAAAACCUUUUGUAUGAAUUAUACAUGUGAAUUAUUAAAAACCAGAUUGAUAAA